AUGGGAGUGGUCACUGCGUCCCGGGAGGAACUUACUAGCAUUACAGGCCGAAAACGACCACUAGCUUUUCUCAUGUCGUUGACGUUGACAGACUGGAGUCCGACGCUGGUGUAUGUGCCGAUCGGCGCCGGAAUAGUUUUUGUCGCGGCUCACCUUGUGCCCUACUUGCUUGACCCGCACAACUACCGUCGUCCUACGAUCAAAGGCCCAUGGCUCAACGCGCUGAGCGAUGCUUGGCUCGCCCAUGCUGCCGCCCAAGGAGACCGAAGUGAGCGCGUACACGAAAUGCACAAAAAGUAUGGCAAGUUUGUGCGACUGGCACCGAACCACAUAAGCAUUGCCGACCCGGAGGCGUUGCAAAUUGUCUAUGCGCACGGCAACGGCACGCUUAAAACUGAAUUCUACGAUGCUUUGUGUCUAUCCGGAGAGGACUGUUCAAUACCCGGGACAGGGCAGAACAUACCCGCCGUCUUGUUGUGCCAUUCCCCACUCCCACUCUCCUACCUCGCUGUAUUUGCCUCACCUGCCCCCUGUCAACAGAAUGUGUUGGCGUUUGAGCCCCACAUCCGACGACAUGUUCGCAAAUUCUGUGCACAGUGGGACGAACGGUGCAUGUUAGCUGCCAAGGGCGAAAACGGUGCUGAUUGGGAGGCCCGAGACGGACGCGCAUGGUUCGAUUGCUUACCACACUAUAAUUACCUCGCAUUCGACAUUAUCGGGGACCUCGCGUUUGGCUCGCCGUUUGGAAUGAUCCCUGCACAACGCGAUAGCGCGCCCAUGAUCGAACACGUCGAGAGCAACGGCGACGGCGCCAAGUCCACCAAACGUACUGUCAAACACGUACCGGCGAUCAAGAUCUUGAACGACCGUGGUGAUUAUGCUGCAAGUCUGGGCGUGAUGCCGCCGUGGUGGCGCCCCUGGGCCAAGCGAGUACCGUGGUAUGCGCGCGGGAACCAAGCUGGGUUGCCUGACGAAGAGGAUGACGAGGACGAGGAGGGAGAGCAAGGGGAAGUCAAGGGGAAGAAGAAGAGAACCGAUUUGUUAGAAAAACUGUUGCAAGGAAAGGAUGAGAGUGGGGCUCCUAUGGGUAGAGAGGAGUUGACGGCCGAGGCAUUGACGCAGUUGAUCGCUGGGAGCGACACGACGAGCAACUCGUCGUGUGCUAUUACUUACUACCUCGCUGCUAACCCUGAAAAGCAACGCAAGCUCCAAGCGGAGCUGGAUGAACAUCUAUCUCCUAGAACGAUGACCACCCCUGCCACGUCGUUUGAAAAUGUCAAGUCUCUUCCGUACCUCAAUGCAUGCAUCAACGAAGGGUUGCGUCUGCACGCUACUUCAUCUAUGGGCCUCCCCCGUGUUAUUCCUCCUGGGACUGUCUUGGAGGUUUGUGGUGAAAAGUUUGGCCCGGGCUCAGUUUUAAGUGUGCCGAGCUUUACUAUCCAUCGAGACCAGGCCGUUUGGGGCGAAGAUGUGGAGGCAUUUAGGCCCGAGCGAUGGAUUGAAGCAGGCACCGACGUUCAAGCCGGUGUAGGUACUGGGCCAAUGGCCAAAGCGUUUAAUCCAUUCUCGUACGGACCGAGGGCGUGUGUUGGGCGUAAUUUGGCAAGUAUGGAGUUACAGAUCAUUAUUUCUUCUGUUUUCGCCCGAUAUGAGUUUGAGCUGCUGAAACCCAACGAGUUGCUUAAAACGAGAGAAGGGUUCUUGCGCAAACCUUUGGAUUGCUACGUCGGAAUGAAGCGUCGCGUGGAGAAGAAUUGA